CCGAGUAGUUUGACAGCAACAAGAACGCCCAAACAACCAGCCCCCUCCUCCUAAGUCAUGUGACUGAUCACAUGACCGUGACGUAAUCAGACAGCUUCCUGCCCUCUAGUGGAAUGUGAUUGGUACUGCACAGGAUGUCAGCCUGAUGCCAGUCAGUGCGAGGGGCUGCGGGCAGAGCCGGGGGUCUUGUAUUGUGGAGGCUGUAGGUAACCUUCCGUGUUGUACCCUCAGUGGUAGCUGGCAGCGGCCAUGAACAAGCAGGAUCUUGCCGAUGAAGCCCUGUUCCUGCUGCUGCACAAUGAGAUCGUGUCCUGUGUGUACAAGUCGUCGGAGCAGGGGGAGGCGGAGAAUGGAAGGUGCAUUACCAAGUUGGAAAACAUGGGUUUUCGAGUAGGACAAGGCCUUAUAGAAAGAUUUACCAAGGAUACAGCAAGGUUCAAAGACGAAUUAGAUAUUAUGAAAUUUGUCUGCAAAGAUUUUUGGACGACCGUGUUCAAGAAGCAGAUCGACAACCUGCGGACCAACCACCAGGGAAUUUAUGUGCUCCAGGACAACAAAUUCCGACUUAUCACUCAAAUGUCUGCAGGGAAACAGUAUAUGGAACACGCGCCCAAGUAUUUGGCAUUCACGUGUGGUUUAAUCCGAGGAGGAUUAUCUAAUUUGGGAAUAAGAAGUAUUGUAACAGCAGAAGUCUCGGUGAUGCCUGCAUGUAAAUUCCAGGUGAUGAUUCAGAAGUUGUAGCACGUAAGGAGGAAUCCCAUAAACAUCACUGACUGUCCAUACAAAUCAUAACACAUUAAGCGUCCUGGGCUCACGCAAGAGGCAAUCCGCUACUACUACUGUCCCUGAGUCAUCUAGAGCCUGCACAAGUCUUAAACCGUGGAAUCGGGAUGACAUGAGAUAUUUUGUGAACACUUACUCAUCUAAUGGACCAGACGAGAACACUAAACUACGUACGCAAGCACAUUAAACCUUUUUUUUUUUACCGCGUAGGAAACCAUUAAAUACAUCUCACAGCAACGCGGCCUGCUGUAUACGAAAUAAGAGCGAUGAAAAAUGCAACCUAGUGAAAGGUAUUGCCGUCAUAAAAAAUAAUGCCUUAUUCUUGGACGAACUGCCUUCUACACUACCAAAAACGAUAUUUAAAGGGGUUAUCAAGGAGUAAAAAAAAAAAAAAAAGCUAAUUAUUAUUAUUAUUAUUAUUUUUUACCAAAAACAGCACCACACCUGUCCUCAGGUUGUGCGUGGUAUUACAACUUGGCUCCAUCUACUUCAAUGUAGCUGAGCUGCAAUACUACACACAAGCUGAGGACCUUCGCGGUGCUGUUUUUGGAAAAAAUAAUCAGCUUUGUGUUUGUCAUCCUGGAUGAUGUACUGUGUAUAUAAUUACAGUAAAUUUCAGUAGCCGUAUUAGUCCAGUGAUGCAGAUGCAAAUCUAAAAAUGUUGCAGUAUCUUGUAAUACCUUUCUUUACCCUCUCUUCGACAUUGUACAUGAAUACUAGUAUACUUUGACACUCAGCACCACGGCAGUGUAAUAUUUAAACAGCUACGGCCACUGAUACCGCUAACCACACUCAGAUAUUUAAUAUAAAAUACAAUAAGUAACAGAGCAGUGCCCUCCAAAUUUUCUACAAAUAUACUUAUAUAUAGAUAGAUAGAAAACUCCAAGAGUUUGUGUGAAUAAAACAUAUGGGAGUGCGGUUGCCGUUCGUUUUCUAUAUAUAUAUAGAUAGAUAUAUACACAGUAUAUGUAUACCAUAUACUCUGCAUAUUGUAUUUGCUCAACUAUUUAUCAGUAUAUUAUAAUAUAUAUAUAUAUAUACUAGCUGAGUACCCGGCGUUGCCCGGUGUUUCCUUCCUAAUCCUUGUUGGGGAGAAAAAUAAACAAAGGAGGAAGCUUUUGACUUAAUAUCCCGUCCUCAUAUAUUGUUGUCAUAUCCCGACCUCCUAUCCCGACCUCCUUUCCCGUCCUCCUUUCCCGUCCAUCUAUCCCAUCCUCCUAUCCCGGUCCCCCUAUCCCGGUCCCCCUAUCCCGGUCCCCCUAUCCCGGUCCCCCUAUCCCGGUCCCCCUAUCCCGUCCUCCUAUCCUGACCCGUAAUAUAUGUAUCAGUUAUUGAAAUAUCUCCAGCCGUACGGAAGUUAUGUGGGAACAUACAUUUCCCAUUGAUUUGCAUGGGACUUUAAACAAUAAACCCAACCCUCACAAAUGGGGGUAGUUAAGGGUUAAAUUAACUAUCCUAUAUUUUAAGUGGACAUAUAAGUAACAUGUGACCAAGUAUUAUAGAAAUAUCUCCAGCCGUUUGGAAGUUAUGCAGUAACAUAUAUUUCCCAUAGACUUGUAUGGGACUUUAAACAUAAACCCCGCCCCUGGCAAAUGGGGGACAGUAAGGGUCAAAUCACCUAUCAUAUGUUUGUUGUUGACAUAUAAGUAACAUGUGGCCAAGUUUCAUGUUAAUAUCUUUAGCCAUUUGGACGUGAUGCUGGAACAUACAUACAUACAUACAUACGGUAUAUACAUACACACACACACACGUUGAGUUUUAUAUAUAUAUAUAUAUAUAUAUAUAUAUAUAUAUAUAUAUAUAUACAUACAUAUGAUGUACUAAUAAACAUUUGAGAAAAUAAAAUAUGCAGAGUAUAUGGUGUGUAUGAUGUACCCUAAAGCUCACGCUAUAUGCAGGAACAGGGAUAAUAUCGCUUUAUGAGAUUGGGUUUGAUAUAUAAAUAUUAUUCUAACAAAAAGUAUCUGACGUUUAUAGGAAGCAAUUCAAUCACUUCUCUUGUAUCUGCAGCGCCAUAUGUUUUGUAGUGGCAGUGCAAGGUACUGCAGAGUUAGGCUGGGUUCACACCACGUUUUCUUAA